GGAAGCACCUGCAUUCUUCAGUAUUCGUCCUUCCCAACUAUCCUUUUCUCCGUCUCCAUCUUCGGCUCUCAUCCUUGCCUGUCAUCCUUUCUUGUCGUCUUUGCCUCUCUCACUAUCGCCUUUUGUCUCUACCGCUUGCUUUCCUCUGUCUCCAUAUCCUCCUUCCUUCCGUUAUGUCGGACUUAGCCCGGCUCACCCGCGUCGCCCAGCAAUUUAUUACCAUCUUGCGAACCUCUCCAUUCCUAAGGCAGAUUGACGGCUUCGAUAAUGCAAGAAUCAUGAUAAUUGGGCUUUCGCCAUUAUGAGUCAUGACAACUUCCGCGAGACAAAGGACCUCGACGUGGCUAUCUCGCCCGGUCAUCUGGCUCGCACAGUCCGCGAGGCCCUCCUUGCCAACCACGGGGACUCUUUUAUCACAUUUACGGAUCCGAUGGUUUUCGUAACGGCCGAUGGUCAAACACAAGUGGACAUUGUCUCAGUCGAUAACCUGGAGUAUCCGCUCGCCGGGAUGCCCCUGAUAUCGGGGGUCCUUCCCCAGCAACUCCAGAUCGCGACAGCUGCUGAGCUGGCCGUCCUGAAAGCGUACUCGUGCGGCUCUCGGUAUUCCCUCGACAAAAAUGUCAAAGAUGCCAGGGAUGUGGCUUCUAUGUUGCAGUGGCUUGCUGCCCAUGGACAAGCCCUGAACGCCGACCAGCGACGGCGCGUGAGAUUCCAGGGCCGCUGGCUAAGAAAAUACGCUACGGAUGUCAAUUGGGACGCCGCCCUCCCAUGA